GACGUGUACAGUGAGUGGUGUGGCCCCUGUUCCAGCAUGACUGGUCAUCUUCGACGCAUCAAACUGGAACUGGGAGACGAAUAUCUCACUCUCGCUUUGGCGAGAGCUGAUGCUAUCCAAGCACUAACUAACUUCAAGGGCAAGGCUGAACCUACUUGGCUUUUCCUCGGGUCUGGCAAGCCCAUGAGCGUGAUCCACGGUGCUGACGGACCUCAGCUGCUGAGCACCAUCAGGAGACUGCUAAAGGUGGAGGUGGCUGCCUUGAAGGGUCGUGGUGACAGGCAGGUGGUGUUGCUGGACUCCCUGGUGAAGCCGGAGGAAGUUCUUGAACCUGAUGAGGACCUUGAUGAUGUGGAGGGUGAACUACACAAUUUGGACGACAGCGAGGAGAAUUCUGAAGCUGAGGAGCCAGUAUUACAGCAAGGUGUACUCUUCAUCUUACCUCACAUUAUCUCCCAGGACAAGGCUGAGACUUUCCUCUCUAACGUAGUAGCUGCAGGUUUUGAAAUUGCUGGGCACAUACAAGAAGAACUCACCCGAGAGGAGCUCCAUGACUUCCUCUUUCCCCCAGAACCUGAGGAGGAGGAGCAGGAGAAAGAGGAGGGGGAAGAUGAUGGGGUCAAUGCAAAUGAAAGUGGUGAAGAGGAAGGUGGCGAGGAUGGGAAAACUGAUAAAGACUCCGCUGUAGAUGACCCCAGCACUACCAAGGAAGAAGACGAGAGUCAGCAGCCUUCAGAUGAAGAAGGUACGGGAGAAGAGACAGGUGAGGGAAGCAGUGACAGGGACACCCAGGAUGACCUGCAGCACUGGGAGGAAGAACUCAGUCAUGGCCCACUCUAUAUGCUUCUCCUCAAGGUGGAGGAGGGUUGUGUGGUGACCACCUGGUACCAAGUGUUGGGACCUCAGGACCUGGAAACAGCUUGCCGUGACCAGCCAGAGUCGUUAGUUGCACAGUUUGGGGAGGAGGAUCAUGUAGUGCCUGCCUGGCUUCCUCGUGGACGUUCCCUCCAGGAGCGGCUGGCAGCCAGGUUCUUCCCUCCACCUCCAGAUGCUUCUGUGCCCAGGCUACUACUGCUGCCUGACACUGAUCAUCACCAGGUGUUAGAGAAGAUGGGUGUAGGUGGUGUGCGGGUGCUGGCUCACACUCAAGCAACACUGCAACAAGAAGCUCUUCAAAGUAUCCCCAGCCUUGCUGCCUCACAAGAACUCACGAAUGCCAUUGGGUCAGUGGUGCUGGCAGUGGUUGUGACAGGGGAGGGGAUAGAAGACUGUGUUGCAGAAUUUUCACCCCUACACCUGAGCCAGGACACAAGCAGUGCCCAGGUUGAAGUGGAGCUCUACUUCCCGGACCUCCUUGUUGCUCAUGACCAUGAAGAUGAACCCCAAACACAGAUGCAGAUUGAACAGAACAGAGAAACUAAUGGAGAGUGAGCAAGUUAAACAUCAUUAUGCACCCCAUAACCAUCCUGCAGGCAGUAAUUAAAAGAUUACAGAGAGUUACCUGUUAUAGCAAGACUUUUAGACAAGGAAAGUUUUAACUUAUCAUAGUAUCAACUGAGUAUGAUUUGUCAAAUUAUUAGGUAGAGAUAUGUGAUGAUGGUUUUGUGAGCGAGGGGCUUGGACUUCCAGCAGGCGUGUGCGAGUGUGUUAGAUAGGAGUGAAUGGAGACGAAUGGUAUUUGGGACCUGACGAUCUGUUGGAGUGUGAGCAGGGUAAUAUUUAGUGAAGGGAUUCAAGGAAACCGGUUAUUUUAUAUAACCGGACUUGAGUCCUGGAAAUGAGAAGUACAAUGCCUGCACUCUAAAGGAGGGGUUUGAGAUAUUGGCAGUUUAUAGGGAUAUAUGCUGUAUUUUUAUACGUAUAUACUUCUAAACUCAGGAGCAAGGGGCUAGUAACCCCUUCUCCUGUAUAUAUUACUGAGUGUGAAAGGAGAAACUUUUGUUUUUCCUUUUGGGCCACCCCGCCUCGGUGGGAUACGGCUGGUGUGUUGAAAGAAAGAAAGAAGACUUCUAAACUGUUGUAUUCUGAGCACCUCUGAAAAAACAGUGAUUAUGUGUGAGUGAGGUGAAAGUGUUGAAUGAUGAUGAAAGUAUUUUCUUUUUGGGGAUUUUCUUUCUUUUUGGGUCACCCUGCCUCGGUGGGAGACGGCCGACUUGUUGAAAAAAAAAUAGAUUUUAUAUUUUGAUGCAAAAACAUAAAAAGGUCAAUGGUGCAGGCGUUGGCCAUAGUUUUCCGUGGCUCCCAUCCUGGAUCCAGCCCUUGGACACAAGCACGAUAUAGUCAUGCCUUGAGAAAUUCAGAACACUCAAGAGAGAAAUCGUUUACAAUUAAUGUGCAAAUAUAGGAUGUA